AUGACAUCACCAUUUCAAUUCAAGCGUUUCUUAAUGUUUGGCGAUUCGAUUACUGAAUUCGCGUUUAAUGAGUAUCCACCAACUUACGAAGAUGAGCCUCAAUUUACACUCGGUGCCGGACUAUCAAAUGCAUAUGCCAGAAAAUUGGAGGUUGUUCAAAGAGGAUUUUCAGGCUACACUUCGAGGGAUGCAGCUAAGCUUAUAGGCCCAAUUCUCAAGUAUGAACAUGACUUGAGGUCUGCAAACGAGAAAAUCGUAUUAGCGUAUGCAUUCUUUGGUACAAACGAUGCUCGACUUCAGGGAACGAACCCGGAGAACAACCAGCAUAUCGAUAUCGACGAAUACGUGGCAAACAUGAUGAUGGUGGUGGCUGAAUUUAAAAAGAGAGAUAUCCCAGUUAUAGUGGUGACUCCAGGACUUCAUGAUCAGGAAUUGUGGGCUAAGGUGUAUCCAGAAGACAUGGAGACAGGUGACUAUAGAAGUUCAGCGAUUAACAAGCAGUAUGCAGAUGCCAUGGCUGAAAAAUGCAGCGCUGAAGAUAUUCCGGUUGUCCAUCUCUACAAUUCAAUGAAGCAAUUUCUAGACGCACAUCCUCAAUUGAGCACUAGUGACUUGCUUGUGGAUGGAAUUCACCUCAAAGGGAAGGGCUACAAGAUCCUGUAUGAUGCGAUGAUGAAGAUUAUCAAGGCCAGAUACCCAUCUUUGGAUCCUACAAACAUGAAACAGCGGUUUCCAGAAUGGCGCUUUCUUGGUGAUGACACGGUGUUCGAGUGA